AUUACAACCACUGUCAAGUAUGCAUACGAGUAUCUUGGCAAUACUGGACGACUUGUCAUUACACCACUCACUGAUCGGUGUUACAGAACCUUGAUGGGCGCCUUGCUACUUAAUCUUGGGGGUGCCCCUGAAGGACCAGCAGGGACUGGGAAAACGGAGACUUGUAAAGACUUAGCAAAAGCUGUGGCCAAACAGUGUGUUGUAUUCAACUGUUCUGAUGGGCUUGAUUACAAAGCAAUGGGCAAGUUUUUCAAAGGGCUUGCGCAGUCAGGAGCCUGGGCCUGCUUCGACGAGUUCAACAGGAUUGAAUUGGAGGUAUUUUUUUGGGCAAUGUUUUAAGUAGUGUGCACGGAACGUACCUGAAAAGU